ACGAGGAAUACCGCAAACUUCCGUGUUUAUGUCCGCGGAGAAAGCCAUGAGACGUUGGAGUCCUGUCAGAUCUGUAGUCAUGACCCGCGGAGUUUUUUGUUAUUGUUUAUUAGUUUUUACCUACGUGACAGCGCAGUAUGUGCCUCCGUACACCGAAGAUUGUCGCACGGGCAUGUAUCCACCCGAAGGACCAACGUUUAAAGGCGAAGUGCCUUGGUACACUGUGGAUCUCGAUCUGCCCCCUAGCAAAAGAUGGACAGACGUUAUCACGGACAAAAAGAAUAACAUGGAGGCCAUGAUCCAGGCAAUCAAAGACCUAGCAGACGCCUUCGUCCCUAGCGGGAAACUCACUGAUCUUGUGGACAGAGAUUUACCGUUGAUGGUUGAUACCCUCCCGUAUCCUUUCAAUGAGGAGAUUAAAGGCGUUGCAGCAACUUCUGGUGUCCCCUUAGGUGAGGUCAUCCUUUUCAACAUUUUCUAUGAGGUUUUCACUGUGUGUACCUCGCUGGUCGCAGAGGACCCUGCCGGAAACCUCAUCCAUGCCAGAAAUCUGGACUUCGGUCUCUUCAUGGGCUGGAAGAACAAAUCAUGGGUGAUGACAGAGAAGCUGAAGCCUCUUGUGGUGAAUGUUGACUUCAGACGGAACAACCGCACUGUCUUCAAGUCCACCAACUUCGCUGGCUAUGUGGGCAUGCUGACUGGCCUCAGACCUCAAAUGUUCACCCUCACGAUGAAUGAGCGAUUCACUUUGGAUGGAGGCUACAUUGGCAUUCUGGAGUGGAUCCUGGGGAAAAGGAAUGGCAUAUGGAUGAGUUUCCUGACGCGCUCCAUCCUGGAGAACGCCACCAGCUAUGCAGAAGCCAAGAAGCAGCUAUCAGACACCAAGCUCUUGGCUCCUGCCUACUUCAUUCUGGGAGGGAACCAGACAGGCGAGGCAUGUAUCAUCACCCGAUCCAGAACACAGAGCAUCCACCCCCUAGAGCUCGACAUACAGCAGGGACGAUGGUAUGUGCUGGAGACUAAUUAUGAUCAUUGGAAACCACCUCUAUUCUUGGAUGACCGCAGAACUCCUGCUAUGAAAUGCAUGAACCAGACCACACAAUCUAAUAUAUCCGUGAAGACUGUCUACGACGUCCUUUCCACAAAGCCAGUGCUGAACAAAUUAACUACAUACACAACACUCAUGGAGGUUGCUAGUGGGAAGUUGGAGUCUUUUAUCCGUGACUGCCCUAACCCCUGUAUGCCAUGGUAACAGAGCACUCCUCCAGCCUUCCUGCUUCUUCGGAACAUUCCUCUACACGCAUGCUCAUUCAGUCAUCACUGGUCAUCACUGGUUAGACUUGUUCUCUGAAGCGGUCACAUCUGACCCCAUUUGGAGGCAGAAAAUGUGUUAAUUUAAAACACUCUCUGUGACUGUUUUGUUAUAAACCUUUGAUCUGAACAGCGCUAAAAUCAAAAUAAACAGUUAACAGACAUUUCCAUAACAAUAAUUACACAGCAGGUCAACAGUGACCUUGUUUAAGCUUGCUUUGAAAGGCCAUAUUGGCUUCUGUUUUCCCUGUGUGUGCGUGUGCGUGUGCGUGUGCGUGCGCGUGUGCGUGUGCGUGCGCGUGUGUGCGCGCGCAUGUAUACACAUUAUUAUAUUUGAUGGUGGGAGCUGCAAUUUGAAUGUGAAAACCACAAUGAUUGCUAUCCAAAUAUAAUUAAACCCACAAUAAAAAUGUAGAACAAAAAUGCACAGUUUUUACAGGUAAUUGUUUCCCAUUUUUUAAAAAAUGAUUUUUAAAUUUAAAAAUGCUGUGCAGAAUUACUGAAAAAUUGCUGAUUAUAUUUUAUAUGUGGUUAUGUGAUAAAUAUAAUCGGGUUGUAUUAGUAAAGUUUAAACAAGAGAAUUUUCAUGAACAGAUAUUGCUUAUUUUGAGCUAUAUUUCAUGAGUGGUCACCAUGCAAUGUUAGGGUAUGGACUGUUAGGGUAGAGAUACAAACUACUGUGCAUCUGCGCCCUCUAGUGGACAAAACCACAAAUCAUUCAUCUGAUCUGAGACUGGGUAUAAGCAACUCAUUGGAUUAAACCUAAUACUCACUGGAGAAAACUGUUGUUUGUGGAGUAAUAGUGGAAUGCCAGGUGAGCCUGUUUGAGUGCUCCAAUGCCCCACCUAUUGGCAAAUUGAUGAAAAUGCUGCUGUUUGAUCACAGCGGCUAUAAAUGUCUACUGUCUGAUUAAUUUGAUUGAAUGCUAAUGGAACAAUUGCUUGAAAUCAUGAUUUUGGGAAAUAAAACAAGAAAGACACUCCACAGAA